AUGCGUUCAUUUUACCUUGCAGUGCUGGGCCUGAUGGCAACAUCGACCCUCGCGGCUCCCAGGGUAGCCGCUCAGGAGGGCAUCAGUGCCAUCGAAGCCAUGGGCAAGUUGAAAUCAGUACCUCAUGGAUAUGUCCACCUCGCGAACGACGGAGUGGCACGAGCUUACGACGAGAACGAAUCCGUUAUCGACUAUGUUCCUUUGACCAAUGACCAGCUUAAGCAGCUGCUCGCGAACCUUCCAGAACCAUGGAAGAAGGAAGCGGAUCAUUUGCACGCUAUAUUUGAUGACGUCGAUGGACGUCAAGUUACGGAUGAGAAACAGUUGCUUGACCCUCCUGCUGAGCUUCGAAAUCCCAUGCCUCGUCAGGCACCUCAGUCUAAGCGCACCGCCGAGCCUCUUCAACAGUCCGACUAUUUCUGCAAGGGCCGACCUUGCAGGAGUGAUGAGGCUUGCAAAUUCCAGGGCUGCGCAUAUUGUGCGCGGCUGGAUGCUGUCCUUCCAGGAGGAACGGGUGUUUGCGUUUAG